AUGGUUGAAUUAUUCGACAAAUUCGUGAAAGGAUUAAAGAAGCUCAAGACAGACAAAAGUCAUACGCAGAUGCCCGGUGAACCGACUUGCAAUUUCAAGCUGGCGACAAAGUUUUCCUCAAACCUCGAGGGCAAAUUCAUCGACUGCAAUGACGCCGGCGUUCCCUUCACCGUUGCCAGAUUCAGAGGCCACAAUCUGUCGGAGCUUCUCACAAAUCUGCGGCCCGAUCUUCUACUACCGUGCGAUACCGAUUGGGAAGCUAAGCCCGGCCCUGACUCUGCCGUCGCAAUGAUACAAGUCAGCUAUUAUGACUGUGGCGGCUUUACAAUAGGUGGCGUUUUGUGGCACAAGUUGUGUGAUGGGGUCACCAUGUUUUCCGUUAUUCGGUCGUGGACUACGGCGGCGCAUGGGGGUAAGGAGGCAGUUUUUCCCAACUACAUCGCGCAGUAUAUGUUUCCGCAAAUGCCGGUGCAGCUUGGUUCUCACUAUGAUAUCGCAAAGAUUGGGAAUCAAUCGUAA